UUGAAGAUUUGCUACACAACCCUUUGUGCCACACUGACUUAAAAUCUGUCCCACUCAUGGCACCUUCCAGUUGACAGAAUGGCCCAGAUAUCAAGUGGUAAUGGUUUCAAGGUGGAUGUCCCCCAGCCAAAGGGGGUUGUGGGUAAAGAAGAAGCCCUCCGCAUGGAGGAAGAGGCUUUAGCAAAAUUGCAAAGGGAUAAGAGACCCACUCUUUCAGCUUCAACAUCCUCAUCUGCAGCAUCCUCCUCCUCAAAACCAAAACCAUUUAAAUCUACCACUACUGCUCCUCAACCUUUACCCUGUGCUAUUAGACCUGAAAAGGACCUCAUUGUCUUCCCAGAGGCCAAGAAGCAGACAAAACAGGACACGUUCAGGGAUAUUGAUGUGGACAAGCUGACCAAUGAGGAACUCGAAAAGCUCCUACUGGAUGAAAACUUUGGGGUUAACAACAAAGUGACCCGCCCCUCAUCACUACUGGGGUUUAACCUCAGUGCCUCAUACCCUGGAGGCCAUCCCUGUAGCUCUUCUCCUUUCCAGAGCAGCCAGUGGACACCCGUUCUGUCCACCCCAUCUAACUCCAGUGUGUCCACUCCCACCCAUCAGCCUUCCCCAAUGUUCCCCUCUGCUCCAUUCCCCAAACCGGGCACAUUUCAGAAUGGCUUCACUUCAACCAUGCCCUUCAUGACCCUGACGGCACAGCAGCCAUCCUUCAUGACCUUCACUCCCAUCCAGCCCGCUGCUGCCAUGGUCUUCCCGCAGGCAGUCGUGGACCCAGGGAUGGCCAAACUGCUCGACAAGAUUGCCAGCACCUCAGAAUACUUGAAGAACGGCAAAUCGGCCAGCAGUGAGAUGGAUUCCUCGCAAGCAGGCACAGCUUCUCUGGCACCCAACCCACCAUCUCAGCAGCCAGCGUUGGCGGAAUCAUCUAGCAUCAGCCGCUUUGACUGGCUGGAUUUAGACCCACUUACAAAGCGUAAAGCUGAGAAUGAGGAAGCAGCCGUGGCAUCGGAGGGCACUGCACAGACAGUACCAGGAGUCGCAGGGGAUCCUUGGGAUGCAGUGCUUGAGACCGAAGUGAACAGUAGCAGCAGCAACAGCAGCCCCCCUCCGGAGGCUAAAGCAUCACUGUCAGUUCGCUCACAAGUCAGGAGAGCAUCAACAGGAGCGGCUGUCACAAGGAGUCACUCGCUCAACAUCCCAGGGACAUCGUCCCAACACAAACCAAACAAUCAGGACGAGGCAAAGGGAAAAGGUUUGGUGAAGAAUGCCGCCCUGGAAGAACAGGACGCUCAAAGCCUGGAGGUUGUCGCCUUCUGUGAAGACGUAGCAACUCUGCGCUCCAAAUUCCCUCAUGGCGACAUGACCACCAACCCCGGCUACGUCCUGAGCCCCGUCAUUACCCAGCGAGACAGCGGAGGUGACAAUAGCUGCUCUGUCAAGGUUUCUAUUGAAAUCUCAGAAUCUCAACAGCCUGUAACCUUCACCUGUGACGUGAGUUCUCCAGUGGAGCUGUUGAUCAGUCAGACUCUGUGCUGGAUCCACGAUGACCUGGACCAGGUGGACUUCUCCAGCUACCUGCUCAAAGUGUGUGGCCAGGAGGAGGUGCUGCAGAAUAAACACAGCUUAGGCAGCCAUGAGUACGUCCAGAACUGCAGGAAGUGGGAGAAUGAGAUCACAUUACAACUGCUCUCUCACUCCACCAUGAGAAGAGACUUGGCACGCAGCGCGGAAGAUGACGACUCUCUGGUGGAUUUAGAGAAGCACCUGGGCCAAGUGGAGAGGCCAUUCAAGGAGAAUGUCACCAGACAAGGCCUGGCGGAUUAUUUAGAAGGCUUUCACAAUCAAGUCAACAUCUGCCUACAAAAUGAGAGUACCCAGUAUAAGACCGUGGACCGGGUGGUGCAGACCAUGAAGAACCUAUGCUGUGCUCUGGAUGAGGUGGAGACCCAAGCCAUUACAGAGACCAUCAAAAGGCUGCGACACUCCAUCAAUUUACCCAGGACACGCUCACCCAAGAUGGGGUCCACAUCAUCUGGUCAAUCGUCAAAUGGUCACACCAGUCCUGUGGAGGAGGGCAUGGCCUCACUGACACAGGCCGUCUACGACCUGGCCAAGCUCUACCUGCGCUCCUUCUGCCCCCCAUCCGCCUCCUUCAGCUCACCUCCGUUGCCCCAGGCUGCAGACGGGGAAGGCCUAGAGGGGAGGAGCAGCAAAGAAGCUUCUGGCACCACAGACCACCUUCAGUUCACUCUGUUCGCCUUGCACGGCAUCCCGGCCAACUGGGUCAGCAGUUAUGAGAAGUACUUCCUGAUGUGUUCCCUCACCCACAAUGGAAAGAACCUGUUUAAACCGGUUCCAGUCCAAGAGAGUGGGCACACAGGCACAUACAAAAACUUUCUCUAUCACAUCAAAUGGAACGAACUGAUCAACUUCCCCAUAGCAGUAGCUGUUCUCCCACUGGAGUCCAUACUGGGCCUGGCUCUGUUCGGGGUGCUGAACCAGAAUGCCAGCGGCUCCCCAGAUUCCAACAAACAGAGAAAAGCUCCCGAGCUGCUGGGCAAAGUCUCAAUGCCGCUCUUUGACUUCAGACGGGUUCUUGCCCGGGGCAGCAGGCUGCUGUGUCUGUGGACGUCUGCCCAGGGAGCUGCUGCCGGCGGCGGCUCCGCAGGCAGCCGCAAGAGGGUGCCUGCAGAGAGAAUAAUACUACAGGUGGACUUCCCCAACUCAGCGUUGGACGUUUUAUACGUGGGACCCAAGGAAGAGCCCAGACCGGAUCCCAACACACUGGAAGAGCUGGACCCUGAUCUGCGGCGCAAACUGGAGAAAAUCUGCAGCCGAGCUUCCAAUUUUGGUCUGAAGCGGGCAGACCACCAGCUCCUGUGGGACCAUCGACUCCACUGUAGGAAGGACCACCCCAGCAGCCUCCCCAAGGUCCUGGCCAGUGCACCCAGCUGGGACUGGGCCAGCAUGGCUCACAUCCACUCCCUGCUGCACCACUGGCCCCUCCUGCCCCCCGUCACUGCGCUGGAGCUGCUCGACUCAAAGUUUGCAGAUACAGAAGUGAGAAAUGUGGCAGUUAGUUGGAUUGAGAAGAGCAGUGAUGAUGAGCUGGCUGACUACCUGCCACAGCUCGUACAGGCAUUAAAGUUUGAGUGCCACCUAAAAAACGCCCUCGUCAUGUUCCUGCUGUCCAGAGCCCAAUGCAACAUCAACAUUGCCCACUACCUCUACUGGCUGCUGAAGGACGCCGUGCAGGAUCCUGCCUGGGGACGACGCUACGAGCGGGUGCUGGGUGCCCUGCUGUGUCUGUGUGGAGUGAAGCUGAGGGCGGAGCUGGAGAAGCAGACUCACCUGGUCACCCUGCUUGGAGCCGUGGCAGAGAGGGUCCGACAGGCUGGGGGGUCUACACGACAGGCGGCGCUGCAGGAGGGUCUUGAAAACGUUCAGAACUUCUUCCAGAGGAACAGCUGCCGGCUGCCCCUCAGACCCAGUCUGGUGGCCAAGGAGCUAAACAUCAAGGCCUGCUCCUUCUUCAACUCCAACGCAGUUCCCCUCAAGCUGGCUCUGGUCAACGCCGACCCACUGGGAGAAGAGAUCAAUGUUAUGUUCAAGGUUGGAGAAGACCUGAGGCAGGACAUGUUGGCUCUGCAGAUGAUCCGCAUCAUGGACCGCAUCUGGCUGCAGGAGGGGCUGGACCUCCGCAUCGUCAACUUCAAAUGCAUCUCCACCGGCAAGGACAAAGGCAUGGUGGAGCUGGUGCCGUCCUCCGACACCCUGAGAAAGAUCCAGGUGGAGUACGGCGUCACCGGAUCCUUCAAAGACAAACCGUUGGCAGAGUGGCUCCGCAAGUACAACCCGGCUGAGGACGAAUAUGAGAAGGCCUCAGAGAACUUCAUCUACUCGUGUGCAGGGUGCUGUGUGGCCACCUACGUACUGGGCAUCUGUGAUCGCCAUAAUGACAACAUCAUGCUGCGCUCCACCGGUCACAUGUUCCACAUCGACUUUGGGAAGUUCCUGGGCCACGCCCAGAUGUUUGGCAGCUUCAAAAGGGACCGCGCUCCUUUCGUUCUGACCUCUGACAUGGCGUACGUCAUCAACGGAGGCGAGCGUCCCACCAGUCGCUUCCAGCUGUUUGUAGACUUGUGUUGCCAGGCGUACAACCUCAUCCGCAAGCACUCUGGGCUCUUCCUCAACCUAUUGUCACUGAUGACGUCCUCGGGCCUCCCGGAGCUGACGGGCUCUCAGGAUCUGAAGUAUGUGUUCGAUGCCCUGCAGCCGCACAACACAGAUGCUGAGGCAACGAUCUUCUUCACCCGGCUGAUAGAGUCCAGUCUGGGCAGCGUGGCCACCAAGUUCAACUUUUUCAUCCACAACCUCGCCCAGCUCCGGUUCUCUGGUUUGCCGGCCAACGACGAGCCCAUCCUGUCUUUCUCCCCCAAGACGUACACUAUGAAACAGGAGGGCCGCAUCCUCCACGCCUCAAUCUUCUCCUUCCAGAAGAGAUACAACCCCGACAAGCACUAUACGUAUGUGGUGAGGAUCCUGAGGGACGGUCAGAAUGAGCCGCAGUUUGUCUUCCGCACUUUUGAUGAGUUUCAGGAGCUCCACAACAAACUCACCAUCCUCUUCUCUCUCUGGAAGCUGCCCAGUUUCCCUAACAAGAUGGUGCUCGGUCGCACCCACAUCAAAGAAGUGGCAGCCAAGAGGAAGCUGGAGCUCAACAACUACGUCCACAACCUGUUGAGGAGCUCCACAGAGGUCACCCAGUGUGAUCUGGUCUACACCUUCUAUCAUCCAAUUGCACGGGAUGACAAGACAGAAGGUUUAGAUGCCACGCCCAAAGCACCAGAGCCUCCUCUGAGUCCCACUUCUGGUCGGGUUGAAGGAGAAGUGAAGCUUUCAAUCUCCUACAGGAACAGCAAUCUCUUCAUCAUGGUCAUGCACAUCAGAGAUCUGGUUUCUGAAGAUGGAACAGAUCCCAACCCAUAUGUGAAAACCUACCUGCUUCCAGAUCCACACAAGACUUCCAAACGCAAGACAAAGAUCUCAAGGAAAACCAGGAACCCAACUUUCAAUGAGAUGUUGGUGUACAGUGGCUACAGCAAGGAGACCCUGGGCCUGCGGGAGCUUCAACUGAGCGUGCUCAGUGCAGAGUCGCUGCGUGAGAACUACUUCCUGGGCGGCAUCACGCUCAGACUCAAAGACUUUGACCUCAGCAAGGAGACGGUCAAGUGGUACAAACUGACGGCCGUCCCCUACUUCUAAACCCCCCACCUGCCUCGCCGGGAACGCCUCCUGUGUCCAGUGUUUCCAGACAAACGCUGCAUUCACAUCAUGUGGGAACGGCGGCAGAUGCACCGCAGUUUUCAGUUCAUACAUUCACCACUUCAGAACUUCAGGGUCUGGAGAUGGACAUAAUCAAAUGUAAAGUGUUAGCAGUGAUAUUUUCAUUAUACACCAACCAAAUGAACUUGUUGUUAAUAUACAUCGUGGCAGGAUACAAAACAUUCAUCACUACAUGUUAGAACGACCUGAGUCUACAGGACUCCAUCAUGGUGUCCUUCCAGCUGCUCACAAGGUGGAACACCACCAAGUCUUUGCUUAUAAUAACGUUGCUUCAGCGGCUAUUCCCAUGUGACAUGAGUGCAGACUCCCUGAGAGCGGCGACCGAACACACCGAUUCACAAACCCUCAGGGAGGGGGAGGGGGGGCGCUGCUCUCCUGUCUUCACUAUUUUUUUUUCAUUUUUAACUAAUCAAGAUUGUUUCUGUGACAAACAAUCUCCACUUAUUGUGUCUCUCUUUUUCCUAAACUAUAACAAAGAGCUGUAAUGUUUUGUACAUUUUGAUAUUAGAGGACCAAAACGGCUUACUUCCAGAAGAGUAUAUAUAGAUUGACACGUUUAUUUUUUAAGGAAUAGAAAAGGGGGCUCAUUUUUACAUUUUCCUUGUUUAUUUUCUUUCUAGACGAAUAGGAGGCUUCAGGGUUUCCUGCUUUGCAGCAGACACUUCUGGCUAGAGUAGUCCAACACACCACAUUACAGGAAAUCAACAGUGACCUUAGUGCCAAAAGUAAUGAGAAGGAUGGCAAAUCAAACCACUCUCCCAAGUAGGGAGCUGAACAGGGUGCCUUCGUUUGUGCUCACGAUCCCCUUUUAAUGCUCAACUUGGCCUUAUUGCUAUAUAUAUUUUAUUUACAAUGUGAUAUGUCCUUAUUAAAGAGAAAUCUAUAUUCUUUAAAGCUAUAUCAGUAGUUCUGCCAGAGCAGGUCUGGUGCCGGACCGGCACCAUAAAGGUUUUUUGUAACAGUGGGUUGCCACUAAACGCACACUACCAGGUCUUUCUCUCAUGUUAUUACUUGACUAUUUUCACACAGCACACCUUAAAGGGGAAUUUGUAUCAUAAGCUUUGGAACAUGCUCUUGUCUGUGCUCUGGAUGAAGAGAUUAUGGUUGCCCAAUAACACUGAUCAUAAGUCAGUUCUGUGUUUCCUUCUGGUGGUUCAAAACCAUAAUUCAGACUUUUUAAAAUGCAGUUUAGUUAAAACUGGAGUCUGGACGUGAGGCUGUUUGAGGCUGCAAUACCACACUCACUCCCAGUGGUGUAAUGACGCUGUGAUGAGCAACAUGUUAAUAUCUUAAAACUGCCAUUGAAGUCCAGAUCCAGACAGGUUUUAUGAUAUUUAAGUUAAAAAAAACAUUCUGAAUUUUGAGGAAAUGUCGAGCAAACUGAACACAGGUCAGCGCUGAAACCUCUUCACGAAAAGGGAACAAGAUUCUGAGCAUUAGCUGCUUUCCUCUCCACUCGCUAACUAUAAAUCUAAAGUUGUUGUUAUUAAUGUUUAAUAAAGAAUAAAAUUUAUCUGAAAAGGGUUUUUUAAAGAUGAGAUCUACAAGACAAUUAUGAUCUAAGAGCGUCACUCACACUAUGAAUAUUAGUGACUUGAUCCACUCUUUUAGUGACUGUACAAAGAAAGCAAGCAGAGUUUGUAUUAACAUGGCCAGUUAUUUAUUCUUAAUUGGUGACCUGUAACCCGAACGGAUCAGUGUGUACUGUAAUCCCUCUUUCCUAAAGCAAAUUAAAUGUUUUUGGAACAAA